AUGAUGCUGCUGGCCGUGCUUCUAGUUCUGAGUCUUGGUACUGAAACAUCCUCCGAGUCAUCUUUGAUAACUAUCCAGUACCACGUUUGGGAGGAGCAGUCUGCAGGAACCCAGGUCGGCCGUCUGGUAGAUGACCUCUGGCAGCGGGAUGAAGCGGGUCCUCUGGAAGAUUUCCAGGUAGUGGAGCAGGGAAAAGCCCUUCCUUUUUCUGUCACUCCUCGGGAUGGAGUUGUCUCCACCCAGGUUAGGCUGGACAGAGAGGAGCUGUGUCGAGGGUCUGACCUGUGCAAAGUAGUCUUCAGUGUCUUGUACAGAAAAAGUGGAAUUAUAAACUGCCUACGGGUUUGUGUGGAGGUGAUGGACUUGAAUGACCACAGUCCCAGCUUCCCCAGUGCUCUACAGGAAGUGGAAAUAUCAGAGACUGCCAGCCUUCAGAUGCGAAUCCCUUUAGAACGAGCAGUUGAUCCUGAUGCAGGGCCCAACGGCCUGCAGAACUAUUCCCUAUCUGUCAACCCACACUUUGCUCUAAAUGUAAUAACUGCACCAGGAGGUACAAAACAGGCAGAGCUGGUGGUCAUUCAACAACUGGAUAGAGAAACUCAAGACUCCUUUGACCUCAUCUUGGUGGCAUCUGAUAAAGGCAAUCCACCAAAGUCUGGGAGCACAUUGCUCCAUGUAAGGAUUCAAGACUCAAAUGAUAACAGCCCAACUUUUGAAAACAGUAGUCCAACUGUGAUACUACCUGAAGAUACAGUCAUUGGGACAACCAUCAUCAAGUUAACAGCCACUGACCCAGACCAAGGUACUAACGGGGAGGUCGAGUACUCAUUCAGUAAGCUCACUCAUCCUGAUGUUCAAAAACUGUUUCAUGUGGACUCACAAACUGGAGAUGUGAUCACAAAGGCACCUCUGGAUUAUGAAACUGAGUCAUUGCAUGAGCUGAUCAUACAGGCCACUGAUCGUGGCCCAAAUGGGAUUCCUGCUCACUGUAUGCUGCAUGUCCAGCUUAUUGAUGUGAAUGACAAUGCACCGAGGAUUCGUACAACUUGGACUUCACCUAUUUCAGAUGUAGCCACUGUGUCUGAAGGAGCACCAAAAGACACAUUUCUCAUGUUAGUGACGGUUUACGAUGCAGAUUCAGGAGAAAAUGGAGAAGUGAGUGUUGUCGUUAAAGAAGGAUCUGGUCCUUUUAAACUUAAACAUAUUGAUGGUCACAAUUUUAAGAUAGUUACUAGUGGAAUUCUGGAUCGAGAGGAGGUUAUGAACUAUAACAUCACACUUCUUGCUCAGGAUCAUGGGACCCCCACGUUGUUUUCUGUUGAAUAUCUGCCUGUUUCUGUUCUGGAUGAAAAUGACAACACCCCCGUGUUUUCUGCUUUUGCUUAUAGAGUAUGCUUUAAAGAGAACAAUAUAGCAGACUAUAAAUUUCUUCAGGUUGAAGCCCAUGAUGAUGAUCUGGCACUCAAUGGAAAAGUAUCAUACAGCAUAAGGGAUGAUGCUGAUCUAAAUACUAAAACAAAAUCUUUCUACAUUCACCCAACAACUGGAAUCAUAGGUGUCCAUCAUUCUUUAGACUUUGAGGAAUCAAACACAUACUCUUUCAUUGUUGAGGCUGUGGACUACGGACAUCCACCACUGACAGGCACGACCACUGUGCAGAUUGAACUUGAGGAUGUAAAUGACAAUGUCCCAGUCAUCAAAGAGCCAAAACCAGGAAAGGGUGUGGUUUCUGUAAGCAUACCAGUUAAUGUAUACGACGGAAAGAUUGUGACCGAGCUUGGAAAUGACAUAGAAGAAACGCCCAUCACUUUGCCAAUGAACCUUUUAGAUAAGGAAGAACUCACUGGAUAUCUUGCAUCCACAAUAAAGGCUGAAGAUCUAGACUCAGGACUCAAUGGACAACUGAAGUAUUUGAUCACUAAUGGAAACCCUAAGGACCUUUUCUGGAUGGAACAAGCUACAGGCCAGCUAUUUGUCAACACCAGUAAUGCCACUGAGCUCAUUGGACGAACAUUUAUGAUGGAACUUAUUGUAUCUGAUAUGGGCACUCCAAGUUUGGACACUAAAGCAACCCUGGAGGUGACUUUUAUCAACCUCAAAGAUCACCUCAAGAACUCAUCACCAGGUCAUCAAGGGCAUUUCAGCUUCACCAUGAUGAUUGCAAUUUGCCUUGGUGCUACAUCUCUGCUUCUUUUGCUAACCAUUGCUUUGGUGACAACGUUUUGCAGACCCGAGAAAAGGAGUAAUCGGGCUUACAACUGCAGACAAGCUGAAUCAAGCUACACACGCCAUCCUCGACGGCCACAGAACAACAUUAAGAAAUCAGACAUCCAGCUAAUUCCUGUUAUGCGCUGGCAGAAGGAGGAGCCACCAGAAGAUGACAGUGAUAGUGAGGUCCAGCCACUGACUCCACCUCCACUGUCAGAAGAUCGAAAAACUGAGAGGAAUUACAAUUGUGUACCAUUGAGCUGCAAUUUGCUUGGCUUCCCAAAAACAGAGGCCCCUGAACAUGUCACCCAUCAUUGCAAAACACUCAGGAAACCUGCAGACAUUGAACUUGAUGGCACUUUGACUUUCCCACCAGCCACAUCAUCUUCCACCCUUAACAAAACCAGAAAUCCUUCAUCCUCCUCAUCUUCAGUCUCACAUUUCAGCACCUUGAGGUAUAACAAGCCACACCCCAAAGAAGUGACAAACCCAACACGCUCAGCAUCUCAAACUACUUUAAGGAGACCAAAGAUGUCAGAUGGUCAAGAAGCACAUGAUGCAGAACACCAGCAAAUGCUUUGCAACCUGGUUCGUCUCUCCAUGGCUGCAUUUGGAGACUCCAUCGAGCUCUCCUCCGCUUCUCCAGAGGUGCAGCAGAUCUCCCAGCUCCUCUCUCUUCUCCGACAGGGUCAACUACAGCCAAGAACAAACUUCCGUGGAAACAAAUAUUCAAAUCGCAAUGGCAGAUAUGGAGGUCAAGAGUGUUCAGACUGGCAGAGCACUAAAGACAGUGGACAUGGUGAAAGUGAGGCUGGAGAUGUGGACUGGGAACCAGGACGAGAGUCGCCGAUAGAACCACAACUGGAGGAGGACCUCAACACUUUGCUCAAUAAUCCAGAUGAUGUUUUCUCUGAGGUCAGCAACCACGCCUGGAUGGCCAGACUCUCCUUGCCCCUCACAAUUGAUUACCAUGAAAAUAUUUUUGUUCCCAACGAGCGUCCAUCCCCAGAAAGUGAGCUGCUGCCACAGGAAGGCCUGGACCCCACAUCCUCUUUCUCCACCUUUGGUAAAACUCCAGAGAAGGUUGGUCCUGUGGGUGAAGCUUUGCUGUCUGAGGUCAGCACGCUGUUCAAGAUGUUGAUGACUCAGAAGGCCGACACACAUCCAGGCCCUCGUCCCGAUGUCCUGUACAGACUGUCAGCAGCUUACCACCACUCUCUGGGCUUGGAUACCACCACAGCCGCUGCAGGAAACCCACCAAAGAAUUGUGGAGAAAAAAGGGCAACUCCAGCUACGUCUUCACCAUUUUAUCAUUAAUGGACCCUUCAUCAAAACAGCAUUGGCAAAGACUGACAUGCAGAUGACAAGAAUGCUUGGGCAACUAAAAGGAAUUAUGCAAUAUAACCAGAAUUUACAUCUUUUGCAGCUGUAAACAAAAAGAUUAGAUUAAAAAGCUAUGUAGUUUUGUUUUAAUGAGAGAAAGCAAUAAAAGCUGAAGAUAUGCUAUAUUCAGAUGGUUACAUCUAAGGCUCCUU